CAAACUUUUUGUUUGGGCUUCCGGCUCAGCGGCCGCCGCUUUAUCUCGGCGGUUGAGGUAAAGGAGACGUGGUCAGUGGAAGAGGGGAAUGCCAAAAACAGGCAGUGCAACGGACGUAGAUGAGGGUCUUUACUCCCGGCAGCUGUAUGUCCUGGGCCAUGAGGCUAUGAAGCAUCUCCAGACAGCCAGUGUGCUGGUGUCGGGCCUUCGGGGCCUAGGGGUGGAGAUUGCGAAGAAUAUCAUCCUUGGUGGGGUCAAAGCUGCCACCCUCCAUGACCAGGGCACUGCCCAGUGGGCUGACCUCUCAUCCCAGUUCUACCUAAGGGAGGAGGACAUCGGUAAGAACCGGGCUGAGGCAUCACAGCCCCGCCUUGCUGAACUCAACAGCUAUGUGCCCGUCACCACCUACACUGGGGCCCUUGUUGAUGACGUCCUUAGUGGUUUCCAGGUGGUGGUCCUUACCAACUCUCCUUUGGAGGACCAGCUGCGGGUGGGUGAGUUUUGUCACAGCCAUGGAAUCAAGCUGGUGGUGGCAGACACUCGGGGUCUGUUUGGGCAGUUGUUCUGUGACUUUGGAGAGGAGAUGAUCCUGACGGACUCCAAUGGGGAACAGCCUCUCAGUGCUAUGAUUUCUAUGGUUACCAAGGACAACCCUGGUGUUGUAAGCUGCCUGGAUGAGGCCCGACACGGGUCUGAGAGCGGUGACUUCGUCUCCUUCACAGAAGUUCAGGGCAUGAAUGAACUCAAUGGCAUCAGUCCCCUAGAGAUCAAAGUCCUGGGUCCCUACGCCUUUAGUAUCUGUGAUAGCUCCAAUUUCUGUGACUAUAUCUGUGGAGGCGUUGUCAGUCAGGUCAAAGUAACUAAGAAGAUAAGCUUUAAAUCCUUGCCCACUUCACUGGCAGUGCCAGACUUUGUGAUAACAGAUUUUGCCUAGUAUUCUCGCCCUCCACAGCUGCACAUUGGCUUCCAGGCCCUGCACCAGUUCUGUGCUCAGCAUGGCCAGCCCCCUCGGCCCCACAAUGAGGAGGAUGCAACAGAACUGGUGACCCUAGCACAGGCUGUGAAUGCUCAAGCUCUGCCAGCAGUGCAGCAAAGCAGUCUGGAUGAAGACCUCAUCCGGAAGCUGGCUUAUGUGGCUGCUGGGGAUCUGGCACCCAUAAAUUCCUUCACUGGGGGCGUGGCUGCCCAGGAGGUUAUGAAGGCCUGCUCUGGAAAGUUUAUGCCUGUUAUGCAGUGGCUGUACUUUGAUGCCGUUUAGUGUCUCCCUGAGGACAAAGAGGCCUUUACAGAGGACAAGUGCCUUCCAUGCCGGAACCGUUACGAUGGGCAGGUGGCUGUAUUUGGCUCCGGCCUGCAAGAGAAGCUGGGCAAGCAGAGAUACUUCUUGGUGGGUGCAGGGGCCAUUGGCUGUGAGCUGCUCAAGAACUUUGCCAUGAUAGGGCUAGGCUGCGGGGAGGGCGGGGCAAUCACCAUUACAGACAUGGACACCAUAGAAAAAUCCAAUCUGAAUCGACAGUUUCUGUUCCGGCCUUGGGAUGUCAAGAAAUUGAAGUCUGAUACAGCUGCUGCAGCUGUGAGCCAGGUAAAUCCACACAUCAUGGUGAUGAGCCAUCAGAACUGUGUGGGCCCUGACACAGAGCAUGUGUAUGAUGAUAACUUCUUCCAAAACCUGGAUGGUGUGGCCAAUGCCCUGGACAAUGUGGAUGCCCACACGUAUGUGGACUGCUGCUGUGUGUACUGCCGUAAGCCACUUCUGGAGUCAGGCACACUGGGUACCAAGGGUAAUGUGCAAGUGGUUAUCCCCUUCCUGACAGAGUCAUACAGCUCCAGCCAGGACCCUCCUGAGAAGUCCAUCCCCAUCUGCACACUGAAGAACUUCCCGAAUGCCAUCGAGCACACUUUGCAGUGGGCUCGGGAUGAGUUUGAAGGUCUCUUCAAGCAGACAGCAGAAAACGUCAACCAGUACCUAAUAGAUUCAACGUUUGUGGAGAGAACACUGCACCUGGCAGGCACCCAACCCCUGGAGGUGCUGGAGGCUGUGCAGCGCAGCCUGGUGCUUCAGCGGCCAUAUACAUGGGCUGACUGUGUGACCUGGGCUUACUACCACUGGCACACCCAGUACUCCAACAACAUCAGACAGCUGCUGCACAACUUUCCCUCGAGCCUGCUUACGAGCUCAGGAGCCCCUUUCUGGUCUGGGCCUAAACGCUGCCCACACCCGCUCAUCUUUGAUGUCAGCAAUCCCCUGCAUCUGGACUACGUGAGAGCUGCUGCCAACCUGUUUGCCCAGACCUGUGGGCUGAGGGGCUCUCAGGACCGAGCUGCUGUGACCAUACUCAUUCGGUCUGUGCAGGUCCCUGAGUUCACCCCGAAGUCUGGUGUCAAGAUGCAUGUUUCUGACCAGGAGCUGCAGACCCCUUCCUGUGUUGAUGAUAACCGCCUGCAGGAGCUCAAGGCCAUGCUGCCCAGCCCAGAGAGCCUCCCUGGGUUCAAGAUGUACCCCAUCAACUUUGAGAAGGAUGAUGACAGCAACUUUCAUAUGGAUUUCAUUGUGGCUGCAUCCAAUCUCCGGGCGGAGAACUAUAACAUUCCCCCUGCAGACCGGCAUAAGAGCAAGUUGAUUGCAGGGAAGAUCAUUCCAGCCAUUGCCACAACCACAGCAGCUAUGGUUGGCCUUGCAUGUCUGGAGCGGUACAAGGUGGUGCAGGGACACCAACAGCUUGAGUCCUAUAAGAACAGCUUCAUCAGCUUGGCCCUGCCCUUUUUCAGCUUCUCUGAGCCCCUUGCCCCACACCAUCACCAGUACUAUAACCAGCAGUGGACAUUGUGGGAUCACUUUGAGUUACAGGGGCUGAAGCCUAAUGGUGAAGAGAUGACCCUCAAGCAGUUCCUUGACUACUUUAAGACAGAGCACAAGUUAGAGAUCACCAUGCUGUCCCAAGGUGUAUCCAUGCUCUACUCCUUUUUCAUGACAGCAAGCAAGCUCAAGGAACGGUUGAAUCAGCCGGUGACAGCAAUAGUGAGACGAGUAUCAAAGCGACAGCUGGGACACCACGUUCAAGCACUGGUGCUUGAGCUGUGCUGCAAGGAUGAGAGCGGCGAGGAUGUGGAGGUCCCCUAUGUACGAUACACCGUUCGCUGAUCCCUCUACACCCAUCUACCUCAUUCUCAGUCAAGUCAAUCUAUUUCCGUUUCUCUUAGAGUUGUGGCAAAAGCUGAG